CCCUACGUCUCUCCUCUCUCUCGUCGUUAACCCUCUCGAUUCCGCGGCUGGUCGCUUCCCCUUCCGCUUCCCUCCGCCAACCACGAGCUAGGGUUUCGAUCUCGCCCCCGACCGGCUUCCCCUCCCUUCCCUCCUCCUCCCUCCGCGCGAAGGCUCGCCAUGGAGGGAGCCGGCGCCGCCCGCAAGAGAUCCCGGCCGGACACGGCCAACGGAGGCGCCGCCGGAGGGAAGCGCUCGAGAGAAACGGAGUCAUUUCAAACUGGUCUAUCAAGCAAAUUGAAGCCUUGCACCAAGUUUUUCAGCACUAUCGGAUGCCCUUUUGGCGAGGGUUGUCAUUUCUCGCACUUUGUCCCUGGUGGGUAUCAAGCAGUAGCAAAAACACUCAAUCUAGGCAACCCAGCUGUGCCUGCACCGGCAAGAGCUCCUAUGGAUCAUGCUGCUGGUGGUAAUUCUCAUCCAGCUUCUUCUGGCAAGACACGCAUGUGCACCAAGUAUAACACUGCAGAAGGCUGCAAAUUUGGUGACAAGUGCCAUUUCGCCCAUGGUGAGAGGGAACUUGGCAAGCCAGCUUACAUGUCCCAUGAGAGUGCCAUGGCUCCUCCUAUGGGUGGUCGAUAUGGAGGCCGACCUGAACCACCUCCACCAGCCGCUAUGGGUCCUCCAGCAGGAAACUUUGGUGCAUCUGCUACUGCCAAGAUCAGCGUUGAUGCCUCGCUUGCUGGUGGCAUAAUUGGGAAGGGUGGAGUCAACACGAAGCAGAUAUGCCGAGUAACUGGGGUCAAGCUCUCAAUACGUGACCAUGAAUCAGAUUCAAACCUGAAGAACAUUGAGCUCGAAGGCAAUUUCGACCAGAUAAAGCAGGCAAGCAACAUGGUGGGUGAGCUCAUUGCAACAAUCAGCCCGAGCACACCAGCCAAGAAACCCGCUGGUUCAGCAGCAGGAGCAGCACCAGCAGGCCGAGGCGGCCCCGGGGGCAGGAGCAACUACAAGACCAAGCUGUGCGAGAACUUCGUGAAGGGAACCUGCACGUUCGGCGACCGAUGCCACUUCGCUCAUGGCGAGAACGAGCAGCGGAAGGGCGCUGCUUGAGAGCCGAAACGCAUCUUGGGCGCGGCGCACUAAUUCUCCAUUGCCUUUUGUGACUAUAUAUAUCUCUGCAUCUUUAGGUGAUUAGCCUGUUGUAUUGCGAUUUUCUAUAUGGAUUGUUACGUUUUCGGUUCAGCUUUUGAUAGAUGUCUAAGAAGCAAAUAACUUAGUCUUUCUGGGGUGUAUGCCAGUGUAGAGCUCCCUCUUUCAGUAUCUUCACCCUCACUUUAUUCAUCUAUAGUAGUUUCAUCAGUUGAGGACAGUGGAGUUCAUUUUGCCCAAAACUGAGACCCUUGAACAACUUGUUGGAUGAUGCUACGCUUC